GCGAUUUCUGAAUGAUCUUAUCCUUCGCCUACGUGGAGGAUAAAACCCAGCUAAUAUUUUCUCAAGCGUAAACUCUUGCAUCCUCGCACGUUGACUCGGCGCCGCCAACCCACUAAUAAUUCUCAUGCAUCCUCUCUCUUCAAGUACACCACGCCCUCUCUCUCUCGUCUUCUGAUAAAAAGAACGAAGCCCCCUCCUCGGUGUAUGAUCCCUCUCCCGAUUUCUUACUCCCUCGGAUUUUCGCUCUCGCGGCUCGAUCUCGACAUUGUAAUGAUCUUGGCGGCCACGAGGCUCGUAGUUGUCUCUGUUUGAUCUCCUCUCCCACUUGUUCUCCUUGCCUUACCUUCGUCACCCGAAUUGGCGACCAAGAAGAGCGUCGGGUCUCUGUAGGAGGCUGAUUUGAGAGGGUGUUCAUGUGGGUCGAUCUCGACGUCCCCCUCGACGACGCUUCAACAUCACGGACGACACCGGAGUUCGCGCCGUUGAUCCCACCGACAGUCUGCUUUUUUGGGGUAGUGUGUUGAUCUGUCUUCCACGUUUGGUUGCUCAUUCCAUGCCAUCGGCUCCCUGGGAUGGGCUGUUCAUUGGAUUCCCACGAAGAAAUGCUCAUGGAUGGUUUUCUUUAGCAGUACAAGGUGGCUCCAAGUCUCCAAUCAAACGAGAUCAUCCAUCUCUUUUCAAUCCUUUUAUAUCGUGCCUUCUCCACACACACAGACCAAGCAAUCCUCUACAAAUUUCUCUUUGCCCAAAGACGAAUAGAGACAUGAUUAAGGCUCUCAGCUCCACGAAUGUCUAUCCAGUGUUGCUACUUGUUCUUGUUCUAUUGCGAGCGAUGACUAGCAACGCCGGGCAGAGUAAUUCACAAUGCAUCGUUUCAUCUUGCGGUGACAUUCGUAAUAUAAGAGAGCCGUUUCGACUGAAGAAUGACUCGAGGGGAUGUGGUGACUUGAAGAAUGAGUUGGUCUGUGAAGAUAAUCGCACUGUUUUGUACCUCCAUGAUGGCCGAUUUUAUGUGCAGUCCAUCAAUUAUUCCAUCAACCAAAUUAAAUUAGUCGAUGAUGGGCUGCAAAAGGAUAACUGCUCAUCUCUCCCCCAUCAUUCGUGGAAUCUGGAUAACCUCAUGAACAGCGUUGAUCUACGCAACUCAUACUACUACUCCUACAUAGGCACAUUGGCCAUUAUGAACUGCUCAAAACCAGUUAGUUCUCCACUCUACAUCUCUACUGGUCCAUGCAUUAAGGGGUCAUAUUCUUCCAACAAAUUAUCAAAUGGGAACUUGUAUGCUUUGCUCAAUCCAAAAGCAUCGGAUGUUAGGGAUUUCUGCACCAUUAGCAGGUGGACGUGGGUAUCAGCUGAUUUUGAGCCUUUUGAGCAGAUUAAUAGUAGCUCCUACAACUAUGAGCUAAUUCAUAACAUCAUGGCCGAUGGAUUUGUUCUCGAAUUUUAUGGUGUGGGGACAAGGGGAAGAUGAAGACAACUUUCUUUUGCUAUUUUGAUUUCUUUAGUAUCUACAGUGGUCAGUUGUGCAUAUCCCAGGAUUACUUAUUCGGUGUCGGGGAUUUUGCAAUUUUCACAACUUUGGAUGUUAUGUUUCUGCUAGUGUAUUUCUGUUUAGUGAAAUUUGCCAUCGGAAUGCCACUUGUUGCGAUAUUUCUAAUCUACAACUACAGAAGAAGGCACUUAGCAAUGGACAAUAACAUCGAAGAAUUCUUGCAAGCUCAUAACAACUUCUUCCCCAUAAGGUACUCUUACUCGAAUAUUAAGAAGAUCACUAGGAAUUUUAAGCAUAAACUAGGUGAAGGAGGGUAUGGUUCUGUGUACAAAGGAAUGCUAAGAAGUGGCAACGAAGUGGCCAUCAAGAUUUUAAAGCAAUCCAAGGCUCAUGGCCAAGAUUUUAUCAAUGAAGUGGCUACUAUUGGAAGAAUUCAUCAUGUUAAUGUGGUGCAACUCAUUGGCUUUUGCUUUGAAGGCUCGAAACAAGCUCUCGUGUAUGAACUCAUGUCAAAUGGAUCUCUGGAUAAGCACAUUUUCACUAAUGAAGGUAAUAAGUCUCUCAAUUAUUGGAAAAUAUAUGAGAUUGCUCUUGGAGUGGCAAGGGGGAUUGAAUACUUGCAUCGUGGGUGUGACAUGCAAAUAUUACACUUUGAUAUGAAGCCUCACAAUAUUCUUUUAGACAAGAAUUUCACUCCGAAAGUUUCUGACUUUGGACUUGCUAGACUUUAUCCUACUGAUCACAACGUAGUCUCAUUGACUGUUGCAAGAGGAACCUUAGGAUAUAUGGCACCUGAAUUGUUCUAUAAAAACAUUGGUGGUGUAUCUUGUAAAGCAGAUGUCUAUAGCUUUGGAAAGUUGCUCAUGGAAAUGGCAGGUAGAAGGAAGAAUAUAAAUGCAAAUGCAGAACACUCAAGCCAAAUUUAUUUUCCCUUGUGGGUGUAUGACCAAGUCAAUGAAGGAGGAAGUAUUGAAAUGGAAGAAGUUGUAGAAGAGGAAAGGAAGGUGAUAAAAAAGAUGAUAAUAGUUGCACUUUGGUGUAUACAAUUAAUCCCUGACCAUCGGCCUCCAAUGAGCAAAGUUCUAGAAAUGCUUGAAGGAGAUAUUGGUAAACUUCAAAUGCCUCCAAAACCGCUUAUUUAUCCACCAGAUGAGCUAGUCAAUGAUGACAAAUUUGAGAUGGAACUAGAAACAUUUUCAACUUCAUCAAGUGUCCAAAUAAUUUCCGCUAGUUGUUCUUUUGGAGAUGGCAAUAAUGUUUAGAGAUUUAUGCAUGGUUUGAUUGGAAAAGCUUUGUGUAUUUUUGUAUGUCCCGACAGUCUAGUAUUAUGUUAAGAGGGACUUGGGCUAGUUUAGCUCAUCAGUAAUUGCUUUUGAGAUUGUGUUCUUCUAACUCUUAGUUAUAUUGUGUAAUUAUAUUUCAUAUAGUUUUGCUC